AGUAGUGGGUGACAGGAGUGUCGGAGUUACAACAAGAAGGGUGUCGUGUUCGCUGGACUUUAAUAACGUUACACAUAAAGAGAGAAGUUUCCUGUCGUCUAUAAGCGAGGACGCUGAAAUAUGAACGUGUUCACCGUUCUCACAAAAGUGAACGUGUUCAAUGAACGCGUUCUUUUGCGUUCGUUCAUGCACAACACUGUCUAGAGGAGAUUUAGAGGUUUUCUUCUUUCUACCGAGUCCGGACGCUGAAUGGCGGAAAACAGCAGAGAGAGGGUUCGACCGUCCCAGGAGAAGAGAGGGGAGAGCUGGGAUAUGUCACAACGGGACUUAGCUAAAGAGGAGACAAUGUGAGAGCAAACAAAGUCUAUAUUUUUACUCUGCAAAUUAGCAAUGAUUCUCAUCUACUAUUCGAAACGCUACGUCAACAUGUCGCGCGAUGGCGCUGCAGAUGUUGUGUGGGGUCAACUCCACCGACUGAGAAUGCAAAGCAGUGAGAAUGCAUCACUCGCCCUCCGGUCACACUCAUCGUUGACAACAGCGACAGGACGAGGACGCAUCAUGCUGCUGAAUUCAAGUUUAGCGAGUAAAAACUAUGACCUGGACUACGACUCCCUGCAGCCGUAUUUCCACUCUGACUAUGAGGACGACGCGGUGAACCAGAGCAUCGUCUGCGACCCUGACUCCUCGCAGACCUCCCUCAAGUCCAUCAUCAUCCAGGACUGCAUGUGGAGCGGCUUCUCCGCCGGCGGUGCAGCCGCUGCGUGGAGGCUGAACAGCAGCGACCUGCAGGACCUGAACACGGCGGCCACCGAGUGCAUCGACCCCUCCGUGGUUUUCCCGUUUCCGAUAGCAGGGACGCCCAAGCAGAGCGCAGGGACGCUGCCGAGCCAGGACCUGGGGCCGGACACGCCGCCCAACAGCAGCAGCUGUAGUGAAUCAGAGGAUGAGGAUGGAGUCGAGGAUCAUGAUGAGGAGGAAGAGGAGGACCAGGAGGAAGAGGAGGGGAUCGACGUGGUCCCAGUGGAGAAGAGGCAGGCGGUGAAACGGUGCGACCCCAGUCCGCUGGAGACAAGGCCCCCCAGCCCGCUCGUGCUGAAGAGGUUUGAUGUCUCCACCCACAAGCAUGAUUACACUGCCCAUCCAUCCAUGAGGCAGGAGCAGCCGGCUGUCAGGAGGCUGAAGCUGGAGAGCAGCAGCAGCAGCAGCAGCGGUGGAGGAGGAGGUGGAGGCAGCAGCGGCCACAGCAGGGUCCUCAAACAGAUCAGCAGCAUCCGCAAGUGUCUGAGGCGCCGGACGUCAGACACCGAGGAGAAUGACAAGAGAAGGAUUCGAGGAGCCUUUCGGGAGCGCCAGAGGAGGCUGAAGCUCAAGUUGAGCCUUGUCGCGCUGCGGGACGAGAUCCCCGAGGUGGCCAACAACGAGAAGGCGGCAAAGUCGGUGAUCCUGAAGAAGGCGACAGAGUGUAUCUACAGCAUGCAGUCCGACGAGCAGAGACUCCUCACACAGAAAGAGCAGCUGCGGAGGAGAAGUGAACUUUUAAAGCAGAGACUGGCACAGAUGCAGGGCUGCCGUGCUUGAAGUUUGAAUCAAGAGCUUUGGGCCUUUUGUUUAUUAUGCAAGUUCAAGACUUGGGGGUGUACAGUUCUUGUUGCAUGCAAAUGCAAAAACGGAUUAAGUUGUUUUGAAAUCUUGUUUGAUUUUGAAGUUAAAACUGCCUCAGUAGAAGUUAUGGGUGGAUUCAAUAUUUAAAAGUUUAUUUUUAUUAAUAAAAUAUUAAAAAUAGGGCA